UUCUACCUUUUGUGAUGGAAAAAACAAACUGGAAGUAUCUAAUCUCUCAUUAAAUUAGUUUCUUUGGGGUUAAGCAUUCUGUAUCAUAACCACUUCUUUUCCCACCUGCUCCACGAACAUUCACACAUGAAAAUUUGCUUUAACAAAUAUAUCAUAUUGCAAAUUAUGGUCUUAUGCACCACUGCCUGAAUGCACCAACCCUUGGUCUGAAUGCACCACAUAUAAGGUUCCAAUGUACCACAUGCCUGGUACUAAUGCACCACUCCCAGUCUGAAUGCACCACCCUUUAUGGUUCCAAUGCACUGACCUAAGGCCAGUUGAUAUUUUACAUUUUAGCUCCCAUAACCACCCUUUAUGGUUCCAGUGCACCGACCUAAGGCCAGUUGAUAUUUUACAUUUUAGCUCCCAUAAUUACUUGUUUACUAAUGGUUUAGGAAUUGUUUAUAAAAAAACAGCUUGUUUCCACAGUCUCAACUGACAUAAUAGGCCUAACUGCCUGUUUACUGGUAGUGUGUUUACCAGUAGUUUAGGAGACAGUAUCAACACAGUGCCUUCAGUCACUCACAAUUCUGGGAGUACAGAGAAGACAUCUCCAAGCCUUUAAGCCAUUUACAAUGAAUACCAAAAGACCUAAGGACUGGAUUCACUUUCCAUGUGUAGUGUGUGAAGGGGACGUAAGACCACGCCAGGAAGCCAUGCAAUGUGAUAGCUGAAAAGCUUGGCAGCACAGAACUUGUAACUCGGGUAUCACAAGAGAAUUCUACAGGAAACUGAACAAGAGAGAAGAAGAGUUGCCUGUGUGUUCGCUCAACAACGUACAAGAAAUGAGCUCUGAUAGCUUCACAGAAAUCUCAGUUGCAUGUAACCCUUCAGAGGACUUAACAAUAACACCACCAAGUACAUCAACCAUAGAUGACCCUUCAGAGGAGUUAACCCCACCAAGCCCAUUGCCUUUUUUCAAUGUCAGCCUGCCUGUGGAAGAGGUCAGUCAAGCUGUGGAUCGAAACACCCCUUACCACCGAACCAAUUCCCACUGACAUAAUGGUGGAUGCCCCAACAUCCUACCAUGUAGUGGGAGAAGGUUCAAGAAAAGGAGGUGAUCUUCUCACAGAUAGCCUUGGAUUCCAGUACGUCAAAAAGCGGGUAACGUCGGUAUCAACAUCAUGGAUCUGCAGCAUCCGUACAAAGAAGAACAGGUGUUUUGCUAGUGUCACUCAGCAAGGUAAUAUCUUCACCAGAGGUCCCAAGGAACACAACCACAGAGGCAACCCAGGGGCACAACUUCGAGCACAAGCCAUAUCUGUGGUUAAAGCAGCAGCCAGGGAAGAUCUCUAUAAAUCUUCUGGGAAGAUUGUUACAGAUACACUAUUGACACUCGCAACUGACAAAGUUCAACUGCCAAAAGUAUCCAACCUGCAGAGAACUGCCAACCGUGCCCGACAACAGCUGCGACCAAAGCAUCCAACUGAUUUAGAAUUCGAGAUUGCUAUUGCUCAUAUCCCAAGUGAUUUUCUUCAACAAGAUAUUCACCAUGAAGGUCAUCGUCACUUGAUAUUUGCUUCUCCUCUCCAGCUUUCCUUCCUUAGCAAGUCCAAGAUUUGGUUCAUUGAUAGAACUUUUAAAGAUGUCAGGGAGCCAUUUGUACAGCUUGUCAGCAUUCACAGCUACAUCAAGUUUGGUGACUGCACAAAGCAAGCUCCACUAUUAUUUGUAGUUAUGUCCCGACGAAAGACCACAGAUUACACGGCUAUCCUGGAUGCUAUUAUGGAACUCCUCCCAUCCAACAUCAUGGUUGAAGAGAUUGUAGUAGAUUUUGAACGGGCUUUGUGGAGUGCUCUUCAUAAGUCUCUACCGGAUGUUCCUGUGUUUGGGUGCUGGUCUCACUGGGCACAAGCUGUGUACAACAGAAUUAAGGAAUAUGGACUACGCCCAGCAUAUGUUCACCAACUUCCUUUCCGUAAUUACAUACAAGAUUUGAUGGCACUGCCCAACCUUCCAGCCUCCCAUAUCAAUAAUGCUUUUUACCAGCUGAAAGACAGAUGCCCUCAGGUUCAGGCUGCUCAAGCACAGAAGCUCCAUAAACUCCUCAACUACCUUGAAGAGACGUGGAUAACCAGCGCAUCAUGUCCACCUUCUACCUGGUCAACAUACAAGAGGGUAGUGAGGACGAAUAUUGAAGUUGAGGGUUGGCACCAUCGUCUAAAUCACAACUCCCCCACUAAAAGGAUGAACCUCUACCUACUAAUAAAUACACUUUAUGACGAGACAAAGUUGCUCUCUCUACAAGUAAGGCUGAUCAAACAGAAGAAAAUAUGUAGGAUCCAGAGUAAGAAAACCCACUCUAAGCAGCGGGGUCGAAAAUCCAAAUAAAUGUUUAAUUUACACGUUUUUUCACUUAUACGCGAUAUUUUUUGGAGUGGCCAUCAGAUGUCACACGCAACUGGACUUACAUGGCGCCGCGGCAACACAGCUAAGCUCAGUUCUUCCCGCACGCCACUUGAACAACAAUACAGUACCCACGCUGCCACGCUACUCAACAAUAGGGGUGGGCAGGUACCGGUACUAGACUGCUUGGUACCGGUACUAAUACUAGCCAGUCGCUCAUGGUGUCCCUAAUUUCUUCUUCACACUAGUGAGGCUGAGACUAAGUGCCAGAGUGGAUAUCUCGGUGAUAUGGAUAUUCUCUCUCUCUCUCUCUCUCUCUCUCUCUCUCUCUCUCUCUCUCCACUGAAUGAAGUGAAUAUUUAUUUUUCGAUAGAAACCUACCUCUUAUUUGAUUUACAUUGUUUUUGAUUUACAUGACCUCUUCAAGGACACAAUACUCGCGUAAAUCGAGAGUUACCUGUACCUGAGGAAAUGUAGCAAAUUAGCAGACCAUGGAGAAGAUUAAAUAUCCUACUGUGCACCAGUAACUUUUGUAAUUAUCAUUGUUCAUUAAAAACCUCACUUGACUGACAGUAUUCAAACUUGGAUAUGACAGUUGUACUUUUUAACUGUGAAACAGGGCACUGCAGUAUUUUAACCCUCUCGUGCACAGUAAGUUUCCAAUAAGUUUCUGUUCCACUCAGGCCCAACCGGCCCUUUUUUUGCCGCCGCGAUACUCUACAUUCCCGGACGUAUUUUACCCUCACAGAUAUAUAGUACCCCAAUAAAUUUGGUAUCAAUGGCUUCAUAAAGACUUGUACUAGAACAUGCGCAAAUAAAAAUAGAGGAAAAUAUAUAUAUAAACAAUAGAAACUCGUUUCAAGUCUCCGUAUUGAGUAUUGUAGAGAAUAAAUCUUAAGUACCAACUCUUCCCCACUCGCUAUCUUGAAAUUUUGUGGGCCAACUUUUUUAGCCAAAUAUAUGUUCCGAAGCAAAAUUUAGUGAGUAUUCUUAUGGUAUCCUCAAAAUCCUCAUACGCCUUUUAGUUCCUGAGUUACAUCAAGAAAACUAUGUUUUUUUCCUCUCCCGUCAGAGUAGGUUAACAAAUAAAAAUCGCUCCACGCUCAUCUACGCUCCUUAGAUAGGUUACCAUAUGUUACCAUUAAGAAACUUAUCCCAACAAAUGACGCUCCAAAUUUAACGCACUUCCACUGAAAACUUAAUUUUUAAUAAAUUUUUUUAACUUUUAUGACGCGUUACAUGCCAUCGUGCGCCAGGACCAUUUACCUUUUGAUGACGCGAAACGCAUCAUUGUGUGCAAGAGGGUUAAAAUACAGUACCAUAGUAAUAAAGAAUAAUAAUAAAGACUUGCUCUAUGAUGAUUCUCUUUAUUUAUUGCUACAUUCUGGUAACUUACAUUUUAUUGGAACAUUUCAUCAAUGAUCUUCCAGACACCAUUACAGCUCGUAAACAAUAACUGAUACUGUAUGACAAUCAUUCUUUUUAACUGUGUAACAGGGCAUUGCAGCAUUUUAAAAUCAUAAUAAAGAAUAAUAAAGACUUGCUGUAUGAUGCUUGUAUUAAUUUACUGUUACACUCUUGGUAACUAACACUGUGUGGUGAACGAGACUUCCAUUGAUUACUACAAUCGGACUACAAAGUUGGUGCAUUCCAGACUAGGCUGGUGGUGCGUUCUGUUCAGUGCAUUACAUCCAACUUCCAUCCUUUGCCUUUAAAUGAACACCAACAUUCACUGUCACAUUUUUUUCCAGUUGUAUUUUUUAACUGAACAUGCUGAUUCCCUCCAGUCACCCUCCCUCUCCCACUGCCCCACUUAUUCCCCCUCCUCCAUCACAGUGCCACUAACAAAGAAAAUAUGGACCAUUCAUUUCAGCCCUACCAACCAAACUACAGUAAAAUCUCACAUCUAAUAAGUAAUAGGCACAAAAAAAUACACUUUAGGGUCAUUUUAUGCAAUUGAAAUAUU